GGCGUUGCUUUUGCGGCUCCACGUCGGCACCAGCUGCGGGGCAAGAUGGAGGCGCUGAUUUUGGAACCCUCCCUGUAUACUGUCAAAGCCAUCCUGAUUCUGGAUAAUGAUGGAGACCGACUUUUUGCCAAGUACUAUGACGACACCUACCCCAGUGUCAAGGAGCAAAAGGCCUUUGAAAAGAAUAUUUUCAACAAGACCCAUCGGACUGACAGUGAAAUUGCCCUCUUGGAAGGCCUGACGGUGGUGUAUAAAAGCAGUAUCGAUCUCUAUUUCUAUGUGAUUGGCAGCUCCUAUGAAAAUGAGUUGAUGCUUAUGGCUGUUCUGAAUUGCCUCUUUGACUCCUUGAGCCAGAUGCUGAGGAAAAAUGUAGAAAAACGAGCUCUGCUGGAGAACAUGGAGGGGCUCUUCUUGGCUGUGGAUGAAAUCGUAGAUGGAGGGGUGAUACUAGAGAGUGAUCCCCAGCAAGUUGUACACCGGGUGGCAUUAAGGGGUGAAGAUGUACCCUUAACGGAGCAGACCGUGUCUCAGGUGCUUCAGUCAGCUAAAGAACAGAUCAAGUGGUCACUCCUCCGGUGAAGACCCCAUGCCUGGCUCUUCGCCCCCCUCAAAACUCUGCAUGUCUGCUGUGAUUUCUCAUCCAGGCCCAAACCGGUGCUCUCAGGGUCAUCUCCAGGAUUAUAAGGGAUCCUUAAAUCUCCAUCCUGUCUGGGGUUGCCCCCUCCCCCAGUAUACUUCUCUCUCCUCAGUCUUGCUAGGAGUAAAGCUCCAAGCAGAUUUGGAUGCAGGGCAGAGGAAACAUCCUCUUUCCUUCUAGACUGGAUUUUGGUCCAUGCUCUCCUACCCCCAUAUUUUCUCUACUCCUUUGCCCUUCGCUGUAGCUACACUCCAGAUCAAAGCAGGAGAAAGAAUGUGCUGAAUGUUUUCUUCCCUUUGCCUUUACUAGGCCUUGUCCCAACAGCCCAUAUGUCCAGCAAGGGUAGAGGUAGGAGGGGAAUUCCUUUCCGUAUUAUGAGUGAGGUUGGGGAUGGGCAGGGAUGUGUCCAGUCUCAGUCUCAGCUCCACUUACUGGCCUCAGCCUUUUUCCCCCCAUUUCUUCUUACUGCCCUGUCCUUUGCCUUGGAAAAGUGAUUGGAGGCAGCUUUUAGGGAAUGGAGCA